GUCCGCGGCCCAGCCGGUUUCCCGUAGCGCUCCCCAAACUAGCCUGCAAAAACAAUGGGCGGGCGCUAGAUGGCGGUAAAGAGACGCGGAACUGUCUCGAGCAGAGAGGGGAAUCACAAACUCGAAGCAACGGGAGGGAAACGGGGGGGUGUUGAUCGGUGUAAAAUAUCAAUACAGUAAACGAAUAUAAAACCAUUUUAUUUCAUACAACAGCCGAAUGCUGCAAAAUGAUAUGCUCAGCACGUUACAAUUUGUCAUAAUUGAAAUGGCUGCUAGAGCAAAUACUGGAGGAACGUCUUGGAGUUUUGCAACACAGAAGCAUUGUCAUCCUCUUAAAACAAAACACUGAUUGUCUUUGGGGAAGUAACUGGAUCUCAUUUUGGAAGAAAUUUCUGGAGCCCUGAAAUACCAGAGGAGUAGAACACAUGGAAGACCAGAUGAAAGUCUUUGGAAGCAACCUUGACGAUUCUGAAAGAAAUUAUCAGAAUGUUGUUCCUCCAAACAGAACAAGAGCAAUGAAAGCAAAGUCAGGGGAGCCUUCAUUUGUGCGGAUUGCCAGUCAUAAGAGUUGCAUCUCUUCGAGAACAUCUAAGAUCAUUCUUUACAUCUUGGUGUGUGUAUCCCUGUUGAUGGCAACAGCUGCUUUUCUGCUCGCUUUUUUGAAAUUUCUCCCUCAGUGUCCAAAAGGCUGGCUGAAGUUCCAGACAAAUUGCUAUUACUUGUCUGCUGAUCAACAACCUUGGGAGAAAGCAAUGAGUAACUGCCAAAGCCUCAAUGCUCACCUGGUAGUGAUUGAUGAUAAAAAUGACAUAGAUAAACAGGAAUUUCUAGACCAUCUAAAAAAUUCUAGCUAUUGGAUUGGCCUCAGGAGGUACCCUAAAGACAAGUGGAUGUGGAUAAAUGGCAAAUCCUUUUCAGAGACGACUCAAUCCAUUGAAAAUAAUGAAAAAGAAAACUGUAUAUAUAAUUUCUGGAAAGAUUCUAAAAGUAGGAAAAAGAAAACUGCUUGUACAGAAUAUUUUUCUUAUAUCUGUGAAAAAGAACAACUAUAAAAAUAUGCAGUUUUAUAAAGUUUACAUUUUCUUCUUUGAAAAAUCAUGUACUUCAUUGUUCAAUGGAUUUUAUAUAAUUUCUUAUGGAGUUACAAUUUUUCAAAUGCUGCAAUAAUCAGAGUAAGACAUUCCAAUUAGAAGAUGCUGCUGCCUAACAAAUACAAUUUCCCUUUUCUUGGUUUUUUUUUUUAUUAUUAUAUUGAAACAAGGCAAGGGUAAAAAUAUGAUAAGGUGGAACAUAUUUAAAAAAUUUUAAAGCAGUAUUGUAAUUUUAAACAAGAAGAAACAUCAUAUUCAAUGAUGAUAUCCAAUCAUUCUAACUUGAAAAACACUUGCAUAGAUAAAGUUGAUACGUGACUUAAAAUGUUAAUGUAGCCAACAAGGAAUUUUUAAUAAAACUAUCUGUAACUCUA